AUGUUUAAAUCGUUAACCAGCAAACGUCUAUUAGCGACAUCAGCAUCAGAGAAUGCAGCUAGACAGAAACAACAAUUUAAUGUAUUUGACAGAUCUGCAAAAUUACUACAAAGAUCAAGAACACCAAAGCUUAAUCCACAAGAAUCUCGUAAAGUAGAGUAUUUAAGAGAUGAGGUGGCAAUUAGGACUAUAGAAAGAUUGGCAUUCAUCACAAGGGACUUUGAUAGGUUAUUGGAUUUUGGGUCCCACCUGGGUAAUUUAAUAAAAAACCUAUUUGAGGAAUCGAAGGUACCUGAGACAGCGGACUCUGCUGAUAUAGAGAUUUGCAAACAACUUAAUAAUGACAAGAAGACUAUAAGAUCAAAAAUCAAAGAAUUAGUCAUGCUUGACUCAUCAAAGGACAUUCUUUUUAGAGAUAUUGAACAACCAUUCAAUUCUCAAUUUGAAGGAAAGAUUAUCCGUAAUGUAGGAGAUGAAGAAGCUUUCGACCAUGAAUGCUUAGAGGAAUCAAAUCAAUAUGAUGCAGUAAUUUCAAAUUUAUCUUUACAUUGGAUUAAUGAUUUGCCAGGUACUUUGGCAAAUAUAAAUCGUGUAUUGAAGCCAGACGGAUUAUUCAUGGGUACCUUAUUUGGUGGAGAUACGUUAUAUGAGUUGAGAACUUCAUUGCAGUUGGCUGAAUUGGAAAGAAAGGGCGGAAUGUCUCCAAGAAUGUCACCCUUAGUGCAUUUGAAUGACGUUGGUUCUCUUUUAAACAGGGCAGGGUUUAGCAUGUUAACUAUCGACUCAGAAGAUAUCGUAGUUGGAGGAUUUCCAGACAUAGCUUCAGUUUGUAAAGAUUUACAGCUGAUGGGUGAACAAAAUUCUGUAUUAUCGAGAUCAAACUUUUUACCAAGAGAUGUGAUGUUAGCAGCUAACGAGAUUUAUAAGGCAUUACACGGCGAAACUGAUGAACAUGGAAACGUUACUUUACCUGCUACUUUCAGUGUUAUAUUCAUGAUUGGAUGGAAAAAGAGUGAAAACCAACCACAACCUUUAGCAAGAGGUACGGGCCAAAUUAAUUUAAAAGACGUCUUAUAG